UUUGUAAAGAAAUAUAUUAUUUAUCCGCAAUUUAUCGUCCAAACAUGAAAAUCUACUCUGUGUCGAUUUACUCUCGAGAUUCUAACGAAGAAACCAUUCGUUUGGCUGCAGAAUAUGAUCUCUCCAGUUUUGGUUUCUUUCAGCGUAGUACUGUACAAGAUAUUAUUAUGGUAAUUUCCAAAACUAUCGCAGAAAGAACAAGUCCUGGUCAAAGACAACGUGUCGAAGAACAGCCUUAUGUAGGAUAUGUUUACGCACGUUCUGACAUUCAUCUUACAGGAGUCAUUGUCACGGAUGAAGAGUAUCCACAACGUGUAUCAUUCUCUGUGCUAAACAAAAUUCUUGAUGAAUUUCUCAUAAAAUUUCCGCCAAAUGAUUGGUCCAAACCAGACAAAAUCUCUUUUCCAGAAUUGAAAACUUAUUUAAUUAAGUAUCAAGAUCCUAAGCAAGCAGAUCAGAUUACAAAAGUACAAGAACAAUUGGAUGAAACUAAACUAGUCAUGAAUAAAACGAUCGAAUCCCUUUUGCAACGUGGAGAAAAAUUGGACGAUUUGAUAGAUAGGUCACAAGAAAUUUCUUUUCAGUCCAAAGCAUUUUAUAAGCAAGCCAGAAAGACAAAUAGCUGCUGUACUAUUUCGUGAUAAUUUUCUAAAUCUUUUGAAUGUACAUUUAUAUUUAUAUUUAAUUUCGGUGUAUUAUUUUUAAUGCAAGAUUAAUUUUGGUAAAUCUUUAUAAAAAUUAAUUUCAUAAUUUUAAAUCAACUCUAUAUUCUGUAUUUAAAAGUUGAGAACAAUAAAUAGUUUAUUUAUCCUUAUUU